AUGGAGGACCAUCGCCUAAACGAUGUAAUAGUAUCCUACAGCGACCCUUUCAAUGUUUGGGAAGAAAUAAAGCCGAACAUGCACCACAUCUUGCCGUUACCUGUAAACGUAAAGAAAAUAAACGGUUCAAACUGGAAUAGGCACGAUAUUAGAUUUCCUGGUCUGGACAAAGAACUCGGUGAAAAUGGGACAUUCUAUUGUAGGUAUGUGAAGGCAGAUGAUACGCAUCCUAAUGAUUUCCGGAAUGCCAAUAUCCAUCUGCACGACGAUCCUUUUUUGCACCUAUAUAUAUUGCCUCCGAUGGAUGUUGAAUUUUUUAAACGCAACGUCAAAGCACAACUUAAGUCUUUUAUAUCGCCCUUGAAGACUAAAUGCCUUAUCAUUUAUGGGAUAUGCAAUAAAGAAAAUGGAGACCAGCAAAAAGCCAACUGCAAGACUAUAUACAAAAUACGUCAUAUGUUUCAAUCGUUAUCUUUACGUCAGAAUCGUUUGUGCUUGGUUCCGAUGCUGGAAUUACCAAUGCUUAACGUCCAGAGAACAUCGAUGGCAGAAGAGGACCCGGAACGCAACGAAGAAACCUUUGGGACCAAGAACUGGGAGAACGUGGGGAUGAUGAUGAGCGAGUGUAUAUCAGAAACCGUCGCUGCCAGAUUGUCAGACAUCGCGGCAGUUAUUUACAAGACAAAUGCUCAUAUUACGUGCGACAGAAUUUUGCUCUACGAGUCGGUGUUAAGGAUUUAUGGCAAAUGUGGAUUCACACUGGACGCAGUAGAUGGUUACGUGGAACUAAUGCGUAUCGUAGAAGCUGAUCUCAAAAAGACGACAACUCCAAAAGACUUUUUAUGCGCACCUUUUGUUUUCUACAUGGAAACCGGUUAUAGCGUAGGAAACGAAGCGAGCCAAUUCGAUAUAUACCAAUACCUCUGCUGCACUGCAAUACGCUUGUUAGAGCCUAUUAAAGGUGUUGCGAGUUUGUCCCGCGUCUGCCGCAUUUUCGUGGAUUGCUGCAUGUUAAUGUUUAUGGCAGUACGCCGGGAUUUGCGAACAAAACACCUGUUGUGGUUGUUAGCAUUAAUUAAUAGAUCACUAUCCUACCUGCAGGAUUCUGUGAUAUCAACGUCGGACCAACUCGGCAUCAUUGAAAAAGUUACCAUUUCGUCCAACAAUGAGCCCACGUUCUCCAAAACAUCAAAAUUAGCGAAGUUAAGAUCAGCGAUCAAAAGAAAAAAAGGGCGGAAGCUUCAAAAUGAUGAGCCAGUAGAGCAUUCGGGUCACUUCACAGCAAAUUUGAUUGCACCGGAUACGAAUGAUGCACAAAAAAAACAUUACCAACCAUCAAAUUCACGAGUUGGCGUCGAAUGUGCGUAUAACAUUAACAAUUCAAAAUGCGUAAGACGAUGUAUAGGGCUGUUGUACACAUUUUUGUAUAAAACCCUGAAAACCCUGGACAGUACACCCUUAAUCGACGACAUACCGGAAAUUGCACACGCCCCAAAUGAUGAAUCACCAUAUAAACUUUAUCGCAUUAUGGUGUCAGAAAUGUGGGAGACUGUGAAGUUACCUGACGGUAGGCACCGCAUGAUGGCAGACGCAAUGGAGAACGGCGCAUUAAACUUUUCACAUGGUGAUCUGCCCCGUUUUUCUAACGUAAUGGCAAGCUUAUACGACAGAGAAUCAGCUGUAUGCUCCAUUGAGAAGGAUGCUAGUCAGCUGGGUUGGUACUUGCGGGCUUUUGAUAAGGGUGAUCGCAAACAUGUUUUUGCAUGGUUUGGACCCCAUGAACCAAAUGUGCAUCUUAGCGAUCCUUUGGAUGGCGUAAAAACGGUUCUACAAGCAAAUUUGGAUUGCUUACAUAACCAUCCAAACAUGUGUCUGACCCCCACUCAAAUUGAGGAUGAAGCAGUUAAUGACUACCUCCGAGUAUUGUCGGAUGCAAAGUUGGCAAUAGACAGCACCAGGGGAUAUAUGCAAACUUAUGGCCAGUUCUUGAAACAUAAAACUGAUAUAUGCAAGAUUAGACUUAAUGUCUACAGCACCGAUGAUCGUUUAGAAGUUAAUAUUCGUGUUCGUCUGCGAGAGGAUCAGGAGCAAAUGAUAGAUGAACAUCCACCUACACUGUUCCAUGAGUGCGAAGAAUUGACAUUGUCCGACGUCACUCUACAUCGUGGAGUGAACUUUUAUGUGUUAAAACAUCGUUUCAGCAAGGCAUGCAAUUAUACGCUAGACUCGGUCAUCAUAUCUGGUGAGACUUUUAAGGUUGUGCAAAGACCUUGCACACCGAUUCCGCUUGCGGUGCUUAGCGGUGUAGUACGCGCUUUAAAGGCACAUAGUAUGGUUUCGAGUUACAAACUCUCGUCUCUCGUGCUACCCCCAUCCUUCAUAAGGUCUGAUAGGGAGGACACAGUAACUCUCACAGCUCGCCCGUGUUCGGAUGCCAUCACGUGUUCUGACUCCGUACUUUUGACAGGCGUGAAGAACUAUAUUGCAUUUUACCUUUUUGGGUUUACAGUGGGACGUAUAUGCUUUCAUAAAUCCUCCCUACGCUAUGACAUCGAACGUUUUUCUUUGUAUUCAGAUGAGAUAAAAGUAUCGUGCGAUAUUACUAACACCGAGGAUGGAAUUGUUUUGAAUCUUACAAAGGGAAGAGCGUCGAGUCACCUCAUAUGUGCGUCAGUAACAGUAGAUUCGAAGUUUAAGGAAGACAAGAUUCUUCAGGUGGUGUCGGUAUAUAAUGGCCGUCGACUUGAUUUCAAUCUUGAAUUUACAAUUAUACCACCCUUCUGCAGGGAAGUUGUAGCAUCAGAUAAUGCAUUGCUGCAGGUAGUUUUGGGGCCCACAGCACCAUUCUACACAGAGGUAGAGAGUGUGGUUAUAAAUGGUUGCCCAAUGGUUAAGGAUCCAACUUUGUUGGAAAGGGGGUCCGAUUUUUGUAUAUCAAUUGAUGAAAAUGGUGGAACAACAGGCACAAGUUAUAGAUCCACUGCAUACAACAGCCAUGCGACACUGCCAACAGGAAAAGUCCACAGCGUCAGAGACGUGCAGAUGCCUAGUGUACUACAGCACACAACCGCUGGCCCCGAAGAGCGUGAUUUCUCUAGCGAUAACCAAAGAGGGACACAACAUGAUACAUCUUCGAACGGAGGAUGCAUUGCACCAAUUUCAAGAGGGCACAAAGUAAUUGUGAGCUAUCGCAUAUUGAGGCACAAGUGUAUACAUCAUCGCACGAACGUUGGAUGUGAGCUAGAGGCUCUUUCGAAUGUAUUGGAAUACCACUUUAGUCUUCCACAACUCAGUGGAAGUGAUGUUACGGUUGAGUACAAUACACCGCCGUUUUGCUUCAUCGGUAUGCUAUUCGAAGCAUGUGUAACCAUUCGCUCUGCCAAGGAGGUUUCGUUUGAAUAUGAGCUGGAAUCCAACGACAAUUGGUUUGUGGAAGGUCCUGUAAGAGGCAAGAAUCAAGUAUUGCGACCUAUCGAUAGUUUGCAAUUGCGUUUUAAGAUGAUGGCCGUAGAAGGCGCGGGAUGCGGCAUCAUACGGCUGCCUUCCAUCCGCUUCUGGCGGCUGCGCGCUCCCCUCGUCCACAAAGAAAUAUUUUUGUUAAACAACAAUAACACAAAAAAGGAUCUGCUGCAGGGCACAGACCUCGGCAUCGAUGAGUUGAUGCGAUAUUAUCAUGUAUGUCUGCUUUCAUGUGGCGCCGAGUCUCCACGCCCAUUCCCUAUACCAGGGGAUAAUUGUGAAGGAGUAUUUGAUUCGUUAGACAUCAUUCGUUCGUAUAACAGUCACCCCGACGCCCCUGGAUGUGUACAGUCCUAUUUCCGCAGGCUGGCAAAAUUGGGAAGACGAGUGACUGUUGGUGUAAUUGGCAAUGGUAAUGUUGCUCUGGAUGUCGCUCGCAUUCUUCUUACCCCUGUCAGUUUUUUGGAAAAUACAGAAAUAGACAAAACAUUCCUGCACAAUUUACGCAGCGUUGACAUAGGUGCUGUGGCUAUCAUUGGCCGUCGUGGCAUAUUUCAGUCCUCAUUCACAAAUCCAGAGUUGCGCAAGAUCGCACAAACGAACUUUUUUUCCCCCGUCACGUGUCACGAUUCGGUAGAACGUUCUUUGGUUUAUCAGCCCCCUGUCCUUGAUCGCCGAAUGCGUAGAAGACUUGAAUUCUUCAAUGGUAUUGCGCGCGACACCAUUGAAUCAGUGUCCUCACCACGAAUUCUGCAAUUCAAAUUUUUUAAUACGGUUAAUUCGAUUGAGGGAGGAAACGAUUCAGCCAUUAAUGCGUUAGUUUUGGACGAUAACACGCUGGAUGAUUGUUUAAACGCACAAAUCACCGGUAAACAAACUCGCCUAAAGUCAGAUAUGCUAAUCAAAUGCGUUGGAUUUCAGAGAAGCGAAGAUUCAGAUGUGCUGCUGAGAAGCGUUGACUUGAAGCGCAUUUUUGGUUGCGGUUGGUUCGCUACUAAUGGGCAGGGUGAUUUGUCUGCCACCCUGGCGGCGACAGUGCAAUUGUCUAGAAUUGUCGCAUCCCUGAAUUUCGACUUCCCGGUAGAAGACGACAUACUUGAUCUGUUCAUUCGAGACUCGAGAUUCAGCCAUGUCAGACAUGGUCCCCAGGUAGAGUUCAUCUCCGAUGCAAAAAGUGGGCACAGCAUCCACAUAGAAGUGUCAAAUGCGCACAACUUGUUAUUCGUUGCACAGAGCAAAACUGUUUGUAUAUACCGGUUGACUGAUUUCGUGUCUAGUGUGGUAGCCAACGAACCUUAUGAUGCACAUCUGCUGGAUCGCAUAACAUUCGAGGAUGCUAUUAAACGCAUCCGCAUACUGUGCGAGUUGCACCUCAUCGCUUGCCAGUUACCACAUAAAGUGGUGGUGUAUGACUUUUCAAUGGGUCACAAGAGGUUCGAGUCUGAAUUUGCCGUUGGACCCGAGUGCGUAUAUUGGAGCGGUCAGCGCCUUCUUGUACGUGACUCAGACGCUGUCCUUCACAUGAUUUCGAUGGAUGGGAACAAGAAGACCAUACUGAAAGAUUGCAAGAGCAUUUCACCGGCUGGAUCGGACGGAUUUCAUGUCAUUUGCCGAUGUAAUGACACUCUUUCGCUUCAGGUCUUCAAAGACUUUCCAGACCCAUUAAAUUUCAUAACUCUCCAGUUACCGUCUUUUUUUGAAGCAUCACAGAUAACGGAUGUGGUUGGUUCGUACGUCAUAUCUGGAGAAUUGGUAGCUAUAGGCCUGGUUAUUGACAUUCAAGACUCGCUAAUAUUACUUUGCCACUACACGAGCAGCGAAGCUACUGUAGUCCAUUGGGCUUUUAACGAAUUGUUCCUUAAUGUGGACGACAUAUGCCCCCAAAUUGAGUUCGUCUGGGUAAAUGAGUGGCAGUGUUUGUUUGCAUGGUCCAAUGCUGCCACUAUGGUUGUAGUGCUAUCACGGCAUGUUAAGCUUGUCGGAGACGGUAAAUGGCAUGUGGUAAACAUGAAAGAGGGGUACUGUCUUGAAUCCGUUGAUAUAGAUUGCUGUCCCACUGACCUCGUUGUAUGUACCUCUUAUAGAGACAAGCUGUACCGUAAGAAUGCAUCUGCAGAUGCACCUCUGUUGACUGACCCAACCGUUUUUGUGUUGGCGCAAGGGGGUAGUAAAAUCGCUCUGCAUUACGCAGACACUUGGUUGAUCGACAAAGAUCUCAAGGAGGUGGAACAACUUCCCCGAUUGAGCAGGGACACUGAUGGAUCUUUGUUUAGUUCAUUUGUUUCCAGCCGAAGUGAUGGUAAAAAUCUCGCAAAUACAAAAUCAACCAUACACCAUACAUCGGAGAUACCCGAGGAUGAACACUUGGAUGACAUGUUUGCAUGUACGAAGGUAGAACACACAGACAGUUCCUGUGGUCAGAACUCACGUACGGGUAUUACGGCGUUAGCACAUCCUCAAGAUACAAACAACUUCAGGAAGUCGGAUGGGUUAUAUAAAAAUCCAGCUGACGGCGGCUUAUGCAGAUUCACGGAUUCGAGCAUUUCGCCGAACGUUGCAUCAUCCCAAAUUGGACAUGGUAGACAAACACAAGUAUGUGGACCUUUAUCCGCGGUAGAUGAGCUUUAUCAUUCAUCGGUCAAGGCCUACGCACAGAUGCCGGAUGAAAACGAGACAAAUCUCGAACGUAUACGCCUCUUAGAGAUGCUGUGCAACUGCUUUCAUGUAUUUGAGAGUCGUCUAGGCGACUUAGAGUCUACUACCUGCAGUGAAGUUGCAACACCACUUAGUGUACAAAUGGAUGAUUGGGCUUCUAGCCUUGAGGAUGUGAAUGACAUAUACAACGAAAUCGUAAGGAAUGUUAGCGGUGCUACGCAUAAUUAUAUCCAUAGCAGCACCGCUGUGGUACCAGAUGAGAUCAAAAGUAUGUACGAAGAGACGAUGCAGUCAUAUGCGUCGAAAUUUCGCAUUCAUGGCGCAGAAGUAGAUUUGAAAGAUAUGGAGCACCACUUGAAUGCUACCAAAGAGGUAUUAAUUUCAAUCAACGACAAAUUGGAUGCUUACGAAAACGAAAUAUCGGUAGCCGAAAAUAAUCGGCUUAUUAACCAUAAAGCUGAAACCGAGACGUGCCGAGAUUCCGGCGUUAGGCAGCCUACCAGUGAAAGUAAGAUGACCGAUAUAAAUGAUUUGAUAAAAAAUUUGAAAGAUGUUAAAAUCAAGCAUGCUCCAAAUCCGGAUAUGGAAUACAAGGAAGUGAAAAUGAAAUUUAAUGAAUAUGACGCUUUGUCCAAACUGAAGUCAAAUGAAAACAUCUGCGCAACAUCAACCCUAUUCACCGACAAGGAACACGUUCGAGGCUGUGAUCUGCUGUACAGCAAAAACGACCUUGAAACGGAACGUUUUGGAUUACAUCCUUUCUCUGCGACUAAUAAAACGGUAGGAGCACCUAUGGAAACCACAACAUCGGACUUUCGGAAAGAAGGAAACUGUUACCAUAGUGAUCGUACCACUUCCUCCGCAGCAGGCGCGCAUUCAAAUGAUGGGAUUUAUACAGAUGCAAUGCAGCCGACGGUUCAGUCAUCAAAAAUGAUCGCCAACGGCAACAUUGAAUGCAUGUCUGUCGGAGGUGACAAUACUGUCGCGGACGUUUCAUCAUUGGAUGCUUCCCCCAGCAGCAUACCGGACACCACAAGAGUGGGAAUAGGCACUACUGUACCUACGAUCUCGUCCAUGCCUGGCGAUGCCAUACUUCAGCUGCAAACGUAUACGUUUGGUGAUAGUGGGGAUCUGGCAACAGGCACGCUAAGCGGCGCGUGUUUUGCGCCCGCUGCAGCUCCUAGUGGACCCGCGCCAUUUGCGCAUUUUGCUACGAACUCUCCGUUAUCUUUUGCUGACUUGGCCCUGUCUAAAAGCGCAGGGAAAUCAAUGACCAAUGACAUUCAGAAAGAACCAAACCAAUCGUUCGGUGAACGGCCAUUAACUGGUGCUAUGCCAAGCUUCACAGGGAUCAUGGGUUUCACUUCAGGCAACUUCCAGGCAAAUGACACGCAGAAUGCUUCACCGAUAUUUGAUUACUCAUCUAAUGCUCUGGGAUCAGGUUUCACCUCUGAUGAUAAGGCGCCAAUUGCCAAGUCAGGGGGAGACAUUUGGAGCUCAUUUCGCCGCAGCAAUCCAUUGGAUUGA